GAGAGGGCAGUGACGUCACCCUGGGGCAUAAACGAGCCUAGCAACUACCGCAGGGCCCAGCCGUGAUUGGCUGAGACGAGUGAGGCGUGCCGAUUGGCCCGGCCCCGAGGGGCCAAUAGCUUUUGGCCUCCGCGGGCGAGCGAUUGGCCGAGAGUAUGUUACCGGGCGGCCGCCGGCUGGAGCGCGAGAGCGGCCGGGCUGUGAGGGAGGGGCGUGCGCCCACUGGCGAGCACCUGCAGAGGUGGGCUCCGGCGGAUGGGUGGGAAGCCGCGCGUGGCCCCCUCCCUAGCGUGAGCCGGCGCUCGAGCCCGGAAGCGGCGGCCCGCCGGGCCACGUGCUGGGAGCCGGGCCGAGCCCCCAGGGAGCAAUUGUAAAGAAAAAUGGAGGGGAGCACUAAGAAGCAAGAAGCAAAGGUGGCAAAUGAGCCAACUGAUUCCACCCUCGAAAAACAGCCAGCCCCAACCCCCCCACAAGGGGAAUCGGAAGCCGAUAGUUCCGAGGAAGAAGUUCCCCAAGAGCUGAAAGUGUGGGGCUACGGAGGGGCCGAAGGGGGGGGCUGCUGGCUGCAGGAGGAGGCCUUGAGCAUUCCUGGAUCGGCGGAGGAGGAUGAGGAGAGUGAGGCUAUCCAAGCCAUGGCGCUCGGGGUGGAAUUACAGUGCAGGCUCCAGCUCCACCUGGAUCAGCUGGAGGCCAAGGCCAAAUCCAGGGCCAGGGCCAGGGCCAGGGCCAGGGCCAGGGCCGCGAUGGCUGCCAGACGGGGCAGCCCGGAACGCGCCCUGGGAGCUUCGGCAAGUCCGGCAGCCGCGGCCCGCCCUCAGCCCUUGGUGGUCCGGGGCAGUCGGGGGGAGCCCCACAUCCGAGCUCAAGAGACGGAGGCCUCCCUGGGGCAGGCCCCUGAGGAAGUCAAACCAGGUGUGAAGGGAGGCCGAGAUCCAUUCGGGGCUCCCGUUCGGAAAACGGGAAAGGGCCCCAGAGGAAAGGAAGCUGCUGCUAAAGCUCGGGAAGGUCCGCCGGCCUCUAAUCCUCCUAGUAUCUGCCAGAGAAGAGAGAACUACCCAAAUCUGGAGCUGAAAGGCUCGAGAGCCACGUUCUCAGGGACCCCAGUAGCCAGAAGCCGGGAGAGACCCCAAGUCCGCUCGGGGAGCAGCUGGAGAGGUGAGACCAGGGAGCCCUUCCGCCCGCCCACCACGUGCCUUCCUCAUCUGCUCUUUGCUUCAUCUCUCAAUGAAAAACCCAAGUUGCGCUUGGACAAGACCUCAGCCCGAAGCCCGGCCGAGCUCCCCGGGCCUCCAUUCCCCCUCUUUCAAAGAAGACGAUGACCGUUGGGAUCUUUCCAGCUCAGUGUCUGCUCCUCAUUCUCGGCCUCUUUCCGCCCCUCAGACCCUGCCGCGUGACCUUAGAAAGCCCCUUCCCCUCCCCCCUGUCCCCCUGCCUAACUGUCUCAUCUGUCUCUCUCGGACAUGCUCCGAACACAGGUUGCCCGUAUUUCCCAGCUAGCAUCGGGGUUCCUCUCCCCUCACCUCCAGCACGGAGCCCUAGUGUAUGGCAGGUGCCCCCCGCCAGGAAGGCCAAUGGGGGGGGGGGGGUUUGGCCCCUGCCCCCGGGUUCUCCUGCCCCUGGGUUCAGAUGUGUUUGUGUGCGCUCGCGUGACCCCAGGCAAGUCCCUUCUCUUGAAGCCUCAGUUUCCUCCUUUGCCCCCGGCGAAUGGAGGGGGCUGGGCAUCCACACCCUGGAAGCUCUUUUCCAGCCCUUGCCUCGCGUGUCUGUGCGCGAGUUCGGGCCCACGGCCGUCCCCCGCCGUCGUCAGCACGGCCACUUCUGCCGCCUCGGCCGCACCCCGCAGACUCUCGUGGUGUCCCAUACGUGCGGCCCCCUCCCCCACCCCCGGCACCCGGCCCACACUCCUCCAGAAGCAGAGGAGGCCUCUGUCUACCCCUCUCCACCUUGCGGCCCGUCUGAGCCAGAGACGUCUGCCGGUGGCAGGAAGGAAGAGUCCCAAGCUCCCGGCAAGUCUCCCGCUCCAGGGCCUCCAGCAGAAGAAAAUACAAAGGAAGAGCCUCUAGCGGGAACUGAAGGCCUCGUUCCCACGAGUCCCCACGCAGGUAAGACUGUGACUUUUCCCUUCAUCUGGGUCAGGGAAAACGAGAGACCGAGGUGGAAAGGGCCUCGGAGAUUAGCCCCUCCCUCCCGUGGAGAAACUGAGGCACAGAGCCAAGGAUUGACUUGUUACAGGCCUUGCCUCUUAUUCAGAGCUACAAGCCCCGUUAGAAUCUAAGUACCCUAAAUCUCCAGCCCAAGUAACGAGCACGGAGACUCGGGCGGCAGGAACCUCUAGAUGCUAGUGCUACAGAUCCAGGGGCUGGCCCAGAAACAACAGCACCAAGCAGGGCAAACGUGCAUCCCGGGGAUCGCGAGCACACUAGGGAAGGUCCCGGCUUGGGGACGGGGGCCUCACUCAGCCUUGCUCACUCGCUCGGCCCCUUCCAACUUAGGGAGAGAGGAACCCUGGAGCUUCAGUCCACAGUUCCCUCCCCCACCCCCGCUUCUCGGGACGGGACGUCACAGCCUCCAACACAACCAACUCUCACUGAGCUUGGGAGGAUUAGGGACUCUGAGCACACCCUCCCCCCAAUUUCUGACAGCAGGGUAAUGGAGCCAAACUUCCAGCCAGAGAUUCACCCCACUGUACCCAAAGCCAGGAAAAAACACUGAGGGAGGAAGAAAGUCUUCUCUUCUCUGUGUGGGUGAUGAGGAAUAGCUCAGGUCAGGGAGGCCGGGGGCUUAGGGGGAGGCGCAGCGGGCUUCAGGAAAUCAGGGCGUGCUUAAGGAUCAGGAAGACACCCAGAAGCCUUCUUCGGCUUGGCUGGUACCACACCCUUGUCCCCCAGGCCUGGACACAGGGGGCUGGUCUGGAUGGAAAUAUUGUGAAAUAAGGCAGAAGGAGGAAGUAAGCCGGAGACAGAGAAGGAAGGAGACAGAGAGAGAAAGGAAAAUGAGAGAGAGAAAAGAAAGAAACAAAGAAAAAGACAGAGAAAGAAAAAGAAAGAAAAAAAAGAGAG